AUGGAACGUAAUUCGUUGAUUACAAUCGGAGAUUGGCCGUGGAUGGUUCCGCUUUUUAAAAAAACUUUACUAGGAUUACAAUUUUUUUGCAGUUCUACUCUUAUAAGUUAUUCUCUGGCAUUAACUGCAGCUCAUUGCAUUAAAUUUAAAAAUUUUUUAACGGUUAAAAUGGAGGACAUAAUUGCUUACGUUGGAAAAUUAGAUAUAACAAAUUGGACGGAAGAAAAUUCACAGCCUAGAUUAUUAAAUGAAAUACACAUACAUCCAGAUUUCGAUUCGGAUGAUUUACAUUCGGAUUUAGCCGUUAUUAAAUUUAAAAAACCCGUUAAUCCGGCUUACAACGUGGCACCAGCUUGUUUAUGGCAGGGUGACGAUAAAUUAUCCUCCGUUGUUGGAAAAAAAGGCGUGGUAUUCGGUUGGGGAGCCGACGGAACCGGAAAUAAAUUAACAUCGACUCCUAAAUUAGCCGUUAUGCCUAUCAUUUCUCAAGAAGAAUGUUUAAGAAGUAAAAUUGAAUUUUUAUUUUUAACGACGAAUCGGACUUUUUGCGCCGGAUUCAGAAACGGUACGGGACCUUGUAGCGGAGACAGCGGUGGAGGUUUAUUACUCCCACAAAGAGAUAAAUAUGGUAAUCUUCGUUGGUUUUUACGCGGAAUCAUAUCUUUAUCACUUUUGCAAGAUAGCAGUUUAAAAUGUGACGUGCAUCAGUAUAGCGUAUUCACGGAUGUGGCAAAAUAUCAAAAUUGGAUAUUUAAUUAUGUGGAAAAUUAA